AUGCCGGUUGAUAGUCCGCAUCCCGUUCGACAUCGAGUUCUUUCGAACCAGCACGACUGGAUGAACAAGGACAAUAACAUCCAUCCGGACGAGUUGAGUUACAUGAAGCAGUUCAUGGUCUACAAGCUUGGCUAUCCCCAAGAGUGCACUCAGAUGACGGAACAACAGCGUGACGCUUUCCUACUCAGCGAAUGGAACAGGUUUUUUUAGUUUUCAAUGUAAUACUGAUAGAAUUCCUUAUGUUCUGGGUCAUGUUUUUUUUUCCGGAUACGGGUUUCAAAAUUGCAAUGCGGUCGUGAUUCGUUUUUAGAACAAAUUUAAAUACUGUUGCGUUUUUUUAAAUCUUUUUCUAUAAAGUCUUUUAAAUUCAUCAAUUUAUGGAGAGAUUGAAAAAGUCACACAAAAUCAGCAGUUUGAAUAGCAGCGCGACUUUUUUUGAAUACGCAAAUAAUUUGCAAUCAUUCAUAUAAGUUUCCAGAUAUCACAGAACGUUGCCUGAAGUCUCUGAACCUCCUUUUUUGCUCAGCAAAACGGAAUAUUCUAAAGAAAAUAAAGAAGCUAUAUCUGCAGGUCUUUUUUCCGGCUUUUUUACAGUUUUGAUCAAGAUAUUUUUCAGUAGAGGCAUCCUUGGAUCCAUUGAACGCCACUCCACCAGAAGGAUUUUUUGAACUCGACGGGAAAAAACUCGAAAGUUCCGAAUUCAUCCAUAAUAUCAGUCGGUUUUUAUUCAGCUUUCUAUCUAGAUUUUCCUUAAGGAGAACAAAAAUUGAAGAUGGUAUCUAUUCAGUGGCCGGAUUCGACGCGCACAAAAUGAAGGAAAGACGGGAUGCUCGUGGAGCAAUGAGUGUCUUAGAACGACGAUUACUAGAUGAGGCGGAGUUCGAAGAGUCGUCAGAUGAAGACGGAGCUCAGUACGAACUAUUCAAGAAGCCUGAAGACCAGGAUAAAUCUAUGGAGUCGUCCUUCAACGACUCCCGCUUUCUAGAUGACCAUUUACACCUUAGCCCUCCUCCGUCUCCUAUUCCCAAGAGUGAAGCUCGAGAAAUCUGCGAGCUUCUAGACGGGGAAGAGCUGUACGAGAGGUCGAGAACCGACCAAAAAGUUUCGAAAAAGACGGGCAACAAAAAGCAAAUAGAAGAACUGGCCCAGUUGGCCGAAGAAGGGCUUGCGAUGGAAAGAAACCGUGCAGCGACAGAAGAACGCGUCGGGAAAACCACACGGGAAAGGAAGGAGAGUCGAAAGCUACAGAACGUAGAAGAAGUUCAAAAUACGAAGGUUUUUCCAGUACUUGAAAAAAAUUCAAUCAAGAUGAACUACAGGGAAAAAAGAAGGGAACGUUCAAAACUGCAGUCAGCAAACAGCUCGGUCGUAUAAAGCAAGUAAAACUCUUGGUUUCUAAAUAUUUUACUGUUUCAGGGAGCGAGGAGGCUUCUUGAUGUCUUUGAAGAACAAACUGAAGACUGGAAGCAGGAGCAGAAACCGCGAAGAUAGACCCGCGGGGACUCCGCUCACGUAA